AGCGCCUGGCUAAGGCUACCUGACAGAGAACCCAACAAGGGGCCGGAAGCACUCGGAAGUCACGUGCUACCCGGGCCGCGCGCGUGAUUGGCUUGGGAGGACGUGAAUGAUGCCGCUGUGAUUGCCGAAUUGUCUGGGCAGGUUUGGAAUCUGAUGAGCUCUGGUGACCUGUGCAUCCCUCUGCAGAGAAAGAGGAGGGAAAGGCUUGCUUUCUCUGGACUCUAGCGGUCACAUCCCAUCAGGAGCCCUGAAGGCCCACCUCAAGCAUCAUCAACAUGGAGUUCUGAAGUCCAUGUGGCUCCUCACCGUGAACCAGGUCUUAAGGAAAAUGCAGAGACGCCACAGCAGCAACACGGAUAACGGUCCACCUGAAAGAAAUCGCAGCCAAGCGCUCAGCUCCGAGGCGAGCGUGGAUGAAGGCGGCGUCUUUGAGAGUCUGAAGGCAGAGGCGGCCUCCCCACCUGCACUCUUCUCCGGCCUCCCCGGCCUCCCUGCCAGCAGCCUCCCCACCACCCCAUUCCCAUCCAGCCUGGUGCUGGGGGCAUCGGCCGGAGGCGGGGACGUGUUCAUCCAGAUGCCAGCGUCCAGGGAGGAGGGCGGGGGCCGGGGCGAGGGGGGCACCUACCACCACCGCCAGCCCCUCCAUCACUUCCAUCACGGCGGCCACCGCGGGAGCUCGCUGCUGCAGCACGUGGGUGGGGACCACCGCGCUCACUCCGACGAGGGGGGCGACGAGCAGCCAGGGACGCCCGCCCCUGCCCUGUCCGAGCUGAAGGCCGUGGUCUGCUGGCUCCAGAAAGGCCUGCCCUUCAUCCUGAUCCUCCUGGCCAAAGUGUGCUUCCAGCACAAGCUCGGCAUUGCCGUGUGCAUCGGGAUGGCCAGCACCUUUGCCUAUGCCAACUCCACGCUGCGAGAACAGGUCUCUCUGAAGGAGAAGAGAUCGGUGCUGGUCAUCUUGUGGAUCUUGGCCUUUCUGGCAGGAAACACCCUAUACGUGCUCUAUACAUUCAGUUCCCAACAGCUGUACAACAGCCUCAUAUUCCUGAAGCCCAACCUGGAGACACUGGACUUCUUCGACCUGCUGUGGAUUGUGGGCAUCGCAGACUUUGUGCUGAAGUACGUCACCAUUGCCCUCAAGUGCCUGGUCGUGGCCUUGCCCAAGAUCAUCCUGGCUGUCAAGUCCAAGGGAAAGUUCUAUCUGGUCAUCGAGGAGUUGAGCCAGCUGUUCCGAUCACUUGUCCCCAUCCAGCUGUGGUACAAAUACAUCAUGGGGGAUGACUCUUCCAACAGCUACUUCCUAGGAGGGGUCCUGAUUGUUCUCUACAGCCUCUGCAAGUCUUUCGACAUCUGUGGCCGUGUGGGCGGAGUCAGGAAAGCCCUGAAGCUUCUCUGCACCUCUCAGAAUUACGGAGUCCGGGCCACUGGGCAGCAAUGCACAGAAGCCGGCGAUAUCUGCGCCAUCUGCCAGGCUGAGUUCCGGGAGCCUCUGGUCCUCAUGUGCCAGCACGUGUUCUGUGAGGAGUGCCUCUGCCUCUGGCUGGACCGGGAGCGCACCUGCCCGCUCUGCCGCUCGGUUGCCGUGGAUACCCUGCGCUGCUGGAAGGACGGGGCCACUGCAGCACACUUCCAAGUGUAUUAGGGCGGAAGACUGAGGCACCCUGGGAGCUGACGGAUGGCCAGCGUGAUCGGGUCCGGCUCUGGGGACUUCCUGGAAAACAGGCCUCAAGCACUGACUAUCCUGCCUCCUGCCUUUCUCCCCCUCUUCCCCCAGAGCCAGGCCCCUAUCCUCCCGACCUCCACCUUCCUCUUCUGUUCUGCGGCUUAGCGUGGGCGUUCUUUCCUUCAACCCUCCUCGCUCAGACUUGGCCUCCUCCCGGGAGGGUCUCCUGCCCCCUCCAAGUGAAGGAACCGGGGAUAGACAGGUCCUGCCUGUUGUGAUUUUAACUCACGGUGGCCUAACACCCGAUGCUGCAAGCUGGAAGGGGCCUGGAGAUCACUGCUCCCCCCCAACACGGCUCAGGUCUGCAGAUGGGCGUCACUGUGGAGCGUUUCCCAAAUGCGAACGCUGGGCCCCUUAUACCUGCAAUAGCUUAGUGUCCCAAGCACUUCGUGCGAGCUGAGCAUCUGCUUGGAUGACCUCUGGGAAUCGUCACAACAGCCCUGGGGUGGAGGUACUGUCGUUUCCUCUGUUUUACAGACGGGGAAACUGAGGCACAGAGCUCCACGUGGUAGCUUUCCCAGGGUCACCCAGCUAGCAAUGGCAGACGGAGUUUCCAAACAGGCCUGUCUGGCUUCAGAGCCCACACUCUCAACCACCAUAUGCUCACCCGCUCAGACACGGCAGGCGUGGGGCCCAGCAGGCUUGGUGUGUGUUGGUUGGUUGGUUGGUUGGUUGGUUGGUUUUUUAAGCACCAGAGGUGAUUUUGAUUCCCAUCAGUGACCCAGGUGCAUAGCACAGUGAUCUGGGCCCCGCUGAGGAUGCCAACGGUGAGCAGUGGCCCUGGAAAUCUAGCUGUGGCCAAGUUCAUGGAAAGAGUUGGUCUUUAAAAUUGCUCA